AUUAGUAGAAGGAGGAGAAUAUAAGAGAUCCACGUUGGGAGCUACUUGUUAUUAUUACGUUUACAAAGUCACUGGUUUACGACACCUCCAACUCUCUUUCUUCUUCAUUGAGCUCCAAAACAUUCGCAUCACAAUCAAAUCUCCUUUCCCUCAUAGCUAGCUACUUUACACUGCAAUCUCUUCUCCUCCAUUAGCAACGGGAAAUGAGUAAAGGACGCACCGUCUUGGAGGUUGGAGAUGAUGGGGUUGCCAUCAUCACCAUCGUCAACCCACCUGUUAAUUCUCUCUCCUUUGAUGUAUUGCACAGUUUGAAGGAGAGUUUUGAUGAGGCUUCACGGAGGGAUGAUGUUAAGGCUAUUGUUGUCACAGGUGCAAAGGGAAAAUUUUCUGGUGGCUUUGAUAUUAGUGCAUUUGGUGGAAUUCAAGCAGCAAAAGAGCGUCCAAAACCUGGAUGGGUAUCAAUAGAAAUCAUCACUGAUACUGUAGAAGCUUCAAGGAAACCCUCUGUUGCUGCCAUUGAUGGCCUGGCCUUGGGUGGGGGCUUAGAGGUUGCAAUGGCAUGUAAUGCCCGGUUAUCUACCCCAACUGCUCAACUGGGUUUGCCAGAACUUCAACUUGGAAUCAUUCCUGGCUUUGGAGGAACACAGCGACUCCCUCGUCUUGUUGGUCUGACGAAGGCCCUUGAGAUGAUGCUGACUUCAAAGCCAGUUAAAGGGCAGGAAGCUCAUAGUCUGGGGCUUGUAGAUGGUUUGGUGUCAGCUGAUGCAUUGGUAACCACUGCUCGCAAGUGGGCUCUGGAUAUUUUGGAGCACCGACGACCAUGGGUUGCUAGUCUUUACAAGACUGACAAAAUAGAACCACUUGGGGAGGCAAGAGAGAUAUUGAAAUUUGCACGUGCUCAGGCUAGGAAACAGGCUCCUAAUCUCAAUCACCCUUUGGUUUGCAUUGAUGUUAUUGAGCAAGGAAUAGCUUCUGGUCCCCGUAUAGGACUCAUGAAGGAAGCCGAAGCAUUUGAUGGACUGGUAGUGUCAGAUACAUGCAAAAGCCUGGUUCAUAUAUUCUUUGCUCAAAGAGGAACAACCAAGGUACCUGGGAUCACUGAUCGUGGUCUGGCUCCAAGGAAAGUUAAGAAGGUUGCAAUCAUUGGAGGAGGAUUAAUGGGCUCUGGAAUAGCAACUGCUUUAAUUGUUAGUAACUACCCUGUCGUCUUGAAAGAAGUAAAUGAGAAAUUCUUGGACGCUGGAGUAAAUAGGGUUAAAGGUAAGAACAGACACUUACAGAGCCGUGUCAAGAAAGGGAAAAUGAGCCAGGACAAAUUUGAGAAGACCAUGUCUCUUCUCAAAGGUUCUCUUGAUUAUGAAUCCUUCAAAGAUGUGGACAUGGUGAUAGAGGCUGUUAUAGAGAAUAUCUCUUUGAAGCAACAGAUUUUUGCUGAUCUUGAAAAGUAUUGUCCACCUCACUGUAUUCUUGCUAGCAACACUUCGACAAUAGACUUGAAUUUGAUUGGACAGAAGACAAAGUCUCAAGAUAGAAUUGUGGGAGCACAUUUUUUCAGUCCUGCACAUGUUAUGCCCCUUCUGGAAAUUGUACGAACCAAUCAUACAUCACCCCAAAUAAUAGUUGAUGUGCUAGAUAUUUCAAAGAAGAUCAAGAAAACUCCAGUGGUGGUUGGAAACUGCACUGGAUUCGCCGUUAAUAGGAUGUUCUUCCCAUAUACACAAGCAGGUCUCUUACUUGUUGAACGUGGUGCUGACCUUUAUAAAAUUGAUAGGGUGAUAACCAAAUUUGGAAUGCCAAUGGGGCCUUUCAGAUUGGCUGAUCUCGUCGGUUUUGGAGUGGCCGUUGCAACUGGCACGCAAUUCAUUCAGAACUUCCCCGAGCGGACCUAUAAAUCUAUGCUCAUUCCUCUUCUACAGGAAGAAAAGAGAGCAGGUGAAACAACCCGCAAGGGGUUUUAUUUGUAUGAUGGGAAACGCAAGGCUAGCCCUGAUCCUGAAUUGAAGAACUAUAUUGAGAAGGCUAGGAGUAUUUCUGGCGUAUCUGUCGAUCCUAAGCUUGUCAAGCUAUCAGAAAAGGACAUCAUAGAAAUGAUAUUCUUUCCAGUGGUGAAUGAGGCUUGUCGGGUCCUCGACGAAGGCAUCGCAGUCAAGGCAGCAGAUCUUGAUAUUUCAGCUGUCAUGGGCAUGGGUUUCCCACCUUACAGGGGAGGUCUCAUGUUCUGGGCUGAUUCUCUUGGAUCCAAAUACAUACACUCAAGACUGGAGAAGUGGUCUGACUUGUAUGGUGGAUUCUUCAAGCCUUGCAAUUAUUUGGCUGCUAGAGCUGCUAAAGAUAUUCCUCUGAGUGCCCCCAAGGACCAAGCCAUGUCACGGUUAUAAGAUGCAAACAGCUUAUUGCAUGUUUUAGUUUUUGAAUUUCUUUUUCGUUGAUUUCUACUUUCAAAAAAUAGGAAUAUGAUUGAGAAAUAAUGUACGAUGAGAAAAUAAAAUAUUUGAGGACAGCAGAAUUGUUUGAUCCAAGUAUUCAUUUGUAUUUUAUGGUUCAGUACUUCA